AGAUCGGGCUCCCUCUCGUAGGCGUUCCUCGGUUCCUCCCGGCUCCCAUCGGGCUCUCUCUCCCUCAAGGUCGCUGGAGAUCACCGGUGGCCGGCCCGCCGCCCCACCAUCGGGCCCCGGCGCCGCUCAGCGCCGCCGCCAGGAGCCUCCAUCCGCCGCGGCUCCAUCGGCCGGCCCCGCCGACGCCCGGCGACGCCGCCUCCAUCGCCCAGCCGCAGCUGCUGCCUCCACGCUCUCCCCUGUCCUCUCCACCUGCUCUGCUGGCGGCCGGGCACCUCCACCGUCGGCCGCCGCGGCUCCAUCGCCGGCCCCGCCGCCACCGUCCGGCGCCUCCACCUCCAUUGCCGGCCGCAGCUACUCGCCUUCCCGCUCGCCCUCCCCCUCUCGACCUGCUAACCGAAGGUACUGGGUUGGUCGCUUUAUUCUAGUCGGCGACCUGCUAGAAGGUGAGAAAUCAGAACUGGAAUAUGUGGAGAUUAUAUAUUGUUUGUAUUGACUAAUUGCAUUAAACCCUAAUUGUUUGUACGGACUAAUUGCAUAUGUUGACCUAGAUGCAAUGAACUGACAGCAUGAGUUCAAAUUGCAAAGAUGUGUCCUUAGGGUAGGGUAAAAUACUUCAUCGAGUUAGAAGGAGCCAACUUAUGGGGGUUUUUUUUUGUUCAAUUUGUUUAGGUUUGAUUUAGAUGAACUAUCUAGAGUAGAUGCUCAAUUGGUGGAGUAUGGAUCGAGUUCAGCUUCAGCAGUUUCAGCUGUAGCUACUGAACAUCUAGAUAAUUGUACAAGUGUGCCUUUAUUUCUUGAGUAUGGUUGCAGUCCACAGCAACAAUCAAUUCAAUUUGUUGAUUGGGAUAACUUGGAGAUCAAGGAAAGAGAAGAUGACGAGGGAAGGAUUCAGGUCAUAAGUGAUGACCAAUUAUUUGUGCUUCUAGGCUUAACAAAUGAAGAUGAAAGGGCAAAGAAGUCUGCACAAGUUGAUGAAUCAAAUGGGGCUGCUGAGACAAGUGGUAAUGCAUUUAUUGAGGGCACUGAGGGUGCAGCCAUACCUGUUGAUGAUGCAAUCCCAGGUGAACUUGUUAUAUUGUAUGACAAGAAUAACCCUUGUAUGGCUAAAGGCACCAAGUACCCCUCAAUGAAGGAAUUUCGGUUGGCUGUGAGGCAGUUUGCAAUCAAGCAGGAAUUUGAGCUUCGUAUAGAGAAAUCUGACCAGAAGAGAUUUAGAGUAAAAUGUGGAGUUGAGGGAUGCCCAUGGAGUCUUCUUGGGCAUAGGCAGAGUGAUAAUAAAACAAUAAUGGAGUGGUAUUUCAUCAAAGCCACGCAAACUGAGUGGCAUAUUGUCCGUUUUCUCAACACCUUGGUGGGAAAGGAACAAGAUUUGCCCGCCGGAGGACGGAGUCAACCGCCUCCGCCUCCGCGCAGGAAUGACGACGACGACACCUCACCGCCUCCGCCUCCGGGAUGCGGCGGUGGCAUCUCUGGUUGCCGUCCUCCCCCACGAGAUCCCCCCGCUCAUCAGCGCCGCCUCCACCUUCUUCUUCAUCCUCAGCGCCUACUUCGCCGUGCUGCCGCUGCGGGAUGAGGGGGCCAUCUCCCUCGGACUCGCCACCCUCCCGGGCCUCUUCGCUGGCUCCCUCCUCCUCACCCUGCUCGCCGCCCCCGUCGCCUCCCUCGCCUUCUCCCUCCCAUCCAUCCCCAAGCCCAGGGCUUUGGUUUUCAUACACAGGUUCUUCAGUUUAUCCCUUCUCAUCUUUUUUAUUCUUUGGUUUGCCUCUACCCCUGGGCAUUCCCCAUCCAUCUCCCAGUCAAACGAAGAUGCUUCAAAUAAAUCUCCUGAAUGGGGAAACCACAGUUGGUUCUACAUAUUAGUGAGAAUAAGCCUGUUUCUUUGGGUUUCCUUGCUUAAUCUCAUUGCAAUAUCAUCGACAUGGGCAAGAGUAAUUGAUGUCAUGGAUAGUGAGUCAGGUUCAAGAUUGUUUGGAUUUAUUGGGGCCGGUGCUACCCUUGGGCAACUUUUUGGUUCAUUAUUUGCUGCAACUAUGGCAUGGCUAGGUCCCUUUCUGCUCCUAUUUUCAUCCCUCUUGAUGGAACUUGCUGCACUGUCAUCGAAAGGAAUCCAUAGUGAUGCUACUCAAGGCUCGACAGAAUUGUCAUCUAGUACAAUAGCAAAACACAGCCAAAAUACAGAGGCUGAUGAUGAAAUAUCUUCGCUAGUCAGUUCACAAGGAUCACCGUCCCAAGUGUCCCAAUCUCAGAAAACCAAACCUGAAAGUUUUGUGAUGUUUGAAGGUUUCUGGCUGAUUGCACGCUCUUCCUAUCUGAUGUAUAUAUCUUUAUUUUUAUGGCUGAGCGCUGUUGUGUCAUCCUUUUUUUACUUCCAGAAAGUGACAAUAGUUGCUACAACAAUAUCAAGCCCCACUGCCAGAAGACGAACCUUUGCACUCAUAAAUAGCAUUAUCGCUGUCUUUAUUCUUGUGGGGCAGCUCACUUUGACGGGCCGUAUCCUUACUAUAGCCGGUGUAACAGUUGCUAUCUGUGCAUCCCCACUCAUUUCGACGUUAAAUAUGGUUGCCCUUGCUCAAUGGCCAACUUGGCUUGCUGUUGCAGUCACUGAAACAGUUCGAAAGGUAACUACUUAUGUUUUGACAAGACCUGGAAGGGAAUUGUUAUUCACAGUUGUCUCACAAGAUGAGAAGUACAAAGCCAAGGUCUGUAUAGAUGUUAUUGUUCAAAGGCUCGGUGAUGCAACUGCCGCUGGAAUAUACAGUUUGUUGUUCAACAGCCUUGAGAAGAAGACAUCCAUGGUCACCCUCUAUGCAUUGCCGCUCUGCUUCAUCUGGCUUCUCACAGCAUUUCAUUUGGGCCGGCUCCAGACAAACCUUGCAAAGGUUCAGGUUACUUCUUUUGCAUAUUAAAUUCCUAGAGGUAUCUGAUUACCUAUAGUAAAGGUCGCUGUAGCUUACAUUUUCCCUUGUAGUGUUCUUGAGACAAAUGCUCGAUAUGGCGUAGCGCUGCACGUACCCACAGAAAUGCAUACUGUAACAAGAGUUUAGAAAGAAAUAUGGCACAUCGACUAGUCAGGUUGCCGACAUUGCUGAUAUUCUUUUUGCCUUCUGUAAGUAACAGAAGAUUCAUGGAGAAAUAUUUUUGCUUUCAAUAUAGCAUUAGGAUUACUACAGGAAGGAUACAGCAUAUACAGAGAAAGAGGGAAUGUUAUGUAAAUAGAUUUAGCAGACGAGUAUGUGAUCUCUGCAUCUAUUGUUAGGAAGAGUAGUCCUGCAAACAGCAAUGUAUGUAACUCGUUUUAGUACUAAUGAGAAAACAAGGCUGGAUUUGUAAUGGGCAUUUUGCUUCUUUUGAUAACUCAAUAUAUCUGCAGGCAAGUACACUUUA